CGGUCCCUCUCCACAUUUAGAAUGUUACAAUUUUCAAGAAGAAAACUGAAAAGGAUACAAUUGCGGCCGGUCAUGCCCUAGUUUUAAGCAUAAGCUGUAUAUAAGAAAACCUAAUAUUCUCUAAGUUUCAUUCUCUCGCUUUGCUAUUGAGUUACUUCGUAAAACCCUAGCCGAAAAACUAACAAUAAUGGAAUCUCAUCAAGGUAAAUCAGAAGCGAUCGAGACGCUUGAGAAAUCUUCAAUUGAUUGUCAGAUUUCUUCUUCUUCCAAUGGGGUUAGUGUUAGUGAUGGUAUGAAUAAAGAGGAGUGUAGGAAGAAAGUAGUGAAUGUGUUAGAGAGGAGAUUUUUUUGUAAACUUAGUUUCAACAUCUAUGGUGGUGUUGCUGGGCUAUAUGAUUAUGGUCCUCCUGGUUGUGCUGUUAAAUCUAAUGUCCUUGCGUUAUGGCGUCGGCACUUUGUAUUGGAAGAGAAUAUGAUGGAAGUUGAUUGCCCAUGCAUCACACCCGAAGUUGUCCUCCAGGCAUCAGGUCAUGUUGACAAAUUUACUGAUCUUAUGGUUAAAGAUGAGAAAGCAGGAACGUUUCACCGUGCAGACCAUUUGUUAAAGGAUUUUUGCACGGAGAAGCUGAAGGGUCAGAGUUUGUCUGUAGAGAAGGUGCAGGAGCUUAAACAUGUUGUUGCUAUGUUGGAUGAUUUCUCUCCUGAACAAUUGGGUUCAAAGAUUAAGGAGUAUGGGAUAGUUGCUCCUAUUACAAAGAAUCCUCUUUCUGAUCCUUACCCAUUCAACUUGAUGUUUCAGACGUCAAUUGGCCCAUCUGGCAUGAUUCCUGGUUAUAUGCGACCGGAGACAGCACAAGGUAUAUUUGUCAACUUCAAGGACUUGUAUUACUACAAUGGGAGCAAACUCCCUUUUGCUGCAGCUCAGAUUGGCCAAGCUUUCAGGAAUGAGAUAUCUCCUCGCCAAGGUCUUCUCCGAGUUCGUGAAUUCACUCUAGCUGAGGUUGAGCAUUUCGUCGACCCAGAAGACAAAUCUCAUCCCAAGUUUAGGAAGGUUGCAGAUUUGGAGUUCUUGAUGUUUCCAAGGGAAGAACAAAAUGCGGUGCCGGUGAAGGAGGCUGUUAAACUCCGCCUUGGUGAUGCAGUAGCAAAAGGAAUUGUGAACAACGAAACACUUGGUUACUUUAUUGGGAGAGUAUAUCUAUUCCUUACACGCCUUGGGAUCGAUAAAGAACGUCUACGGUUUCGUCAGCAUCUUGAGAAUGAGAUGGCGCACUAUGCAGCAGACUGUUGGGAUGCUGAGAUUGAGUGCUCCUAUGGCUGGAUGGAGUGUGUUGGUAUUGCGGAUAGAUCUGCAUACGAUCUACGUGCUCACUCUGAAAAAAGUGGUACUCCUCUUGUUGCCCAUGAGAAGUUUUCAGAACCAAAAGAAGUGGAGAAACUGGUUAUUACUCCAGUAAAGAAGGAGCUGGGUCUUGCAUUCAAGGGUGACCAAAAAAAGAUUGUUGAAGCAUUGGAGGCCAUGGAUGAAAAAGAGGCUAUGGAAGUGAAAGCAGCUUUGGAAUUAAAAGGGGAGGUGGAGUUCCAAGUCUGCACUCUAGGGAAGGCUAUCACUAUUAAAUCAAGCAUGGUUUUGAUCUCCAAGGAGAUAAAGAAAGAACAUCGGAGAGUCUUUACACCAUCUGUGAUCGAGCCAUCUUUUGGUAUUGGGCGCAUAAUUUACUGCCUCUUUGAGCAUUCAUUCUACACCAGACCAAGCAAAGCAGGGGAUGAAGUUGAACAGUUGAAUGUAUUUCGUUUCCCUCCUGUUGUUGCUCCCUUCAAGUGCACUGUCUUUCCCCUUGAACAGAAUCCAGGAAAAAAAGCAGUCGCCGAACAAAUCUCAGAGUCAUUAACUGCUGCUGGAAUCUCUAACAUAAUGGACACAACAGGCGCAUCAAUAGGGAAACGAUAUGCAAGAACAGAUGAACUUGGUGUGCCAUUUGCAAUUACUGUUGAUACACCACCAACAGUGACUAUCCGAGAAAGAGACAGCAAGAAACAGGUCCGCGUUGAAGUCAAAAAGGUGGUACGUGUGAUGCAGGAUCUUACUAAUGGAGUAAGAACUUGGGAAGAUAUUCAAUCGAAAUACCCAUCCCAUCCAAGUAUUUCAACUGCAGACAAGUUUUUGGAACAAAAACAGAGAAGAUUUCCAACUAUAUUUGGGGUAUACACUUCCAUUAUUAUCAUGGGAAUUUUUGUUACAUAUUGGAUAUAAGUUUUUGCCUUCACUUUCAUGUAUGGCAUUAACCCUUUCGUAUUAGACUUGGGCCAAAAUCCCAUUUAUUAUAAUGAUUUGGUUUAUUUUUUUAAGCAAA